AGUCGGUCGCCGUGUCGUUACGCGCGUGGAACUCGGGCAUCCUCUCUCGUGGAAAACGUGCGUGCGUGCCCGCGUCCUGACGACGGCACCCGACCGCAAGAGUUUGUUGAGCCAUGUGCCGGAGUGUCGCGUGUGAACGCAAUCACGAAUCGGUGAACAGCGUGCGCAACCGGUAGACGAGCGAAGGAAGAUUAGCGUCGACGAACGGUGAUAAUGACGGCGACGCUCGGGAACCGAUAGGCAGGCGGGCCGAUCGAGCCGGCUGAGAAUGUAAUGCGUGUACACUGAUCGCGGAUACAUGAUGCAUACGCGCCAUGUCAUCGUGAGCGACAGCGGUGUUUGCCGCGAAUGAUACAUCGCGUUGUGCAUCUCGCCGAGCAAUAAAGUGGAUGAACUCGAGUGACUUUGUGUGUGAAGUGAAGUGAAGAAGCGUCGAGGUAAAAAAAACGUCGGCCGCCGGCAACGCGCGCGCGUCUUGUUUCACAUCGUGCAAUCGGCUCUGUGUCGCGAAAGGGGUAGACAUUCAUGAAAGAAGGAGAAGAGAGGAGAGGAGGCUUGAUUUGCAUGUCGGCUGAAGCACGCAAAUUCGGAUCAACCUUGGUCGACUACACAGAGUGACCGCGACCAAAAGAAUGGAUGCCAUGGAUGUGGACGGAGAUUCGGUGGUGGAUUUGAGCAUCAGCAGCAGACGCAAUUCCCCGUCCCUUUCUGUAAAUACUGGAGACAUCCCGUUAGAUUUGGGGAUCUUCUCCACUGGCUCGAAUUUGGAGAACAAUAUUCCAGAAGCUCGGAAUAUACAAAAUGCUGCACGGGGUAUCUUGGCUCCUAAACGAUCACACGGGGACGAUCGCAAGCCGCGUCGCAAUCUCAGACCUAGAAUCGAGAGAAGCUACGCCGAAAGUCCGGAUGAACCCCGUUUGAACGGAUAUCUAAAUGGAAAUGCAUCGGACAGUGAUGAAGGUGACAUGCCACCGUUGCUGCCAAUCAAGGAAUUAUCAUCCGACGAGUUGGCUGAACGCGAAAGAACGCUCAGAAAGUACAAGGAAGAGCUCAAGUCGGAGGAAAUGAAAUUGGUGCUCUUGAAGAAAUUACGCCAAUCUCAACAGCUGAAAGAGAAUAUUGCAGCAGUGCCGAAGGUUCCAAGUAAACUACCGCCACCUGUAACGGUGCAGCAGGUGCCCCAUAGAACAGGAAAAGCGCCGCCGCCUUUACUUAGAGGCCAGCCCGCACCGAGCAGAAGUAGUAUACACGCUCCGCCACCUGGACUGGUGCUGCCUCCCACACCCGGUCGUAAUGCCAUUUCAAGUACGGGUAUGCCUCCGAACAUGGUGAUACCGCAACCACCGCAUCCCAGAGGGAGACCGCCCAGUGUAACGGCAUCGACUGUGUCGAGUUAUCACGCACCAACGGACAGAACGGAGAGAUCGACGAAGGAUCCGACGCCAGCCCCGGCGCACCAAGUAAGUAAGCUGCUUGCUGGAGCGCAAGAAAAUAAAACCACCGCAUCCUUAAGCACACCUGUGAAUUCAGAACAGGAGAGAAGCUCACGAGGAGAGGAAACACCUGCUCAACGUCAAGCAGCUGCCAAGAUGGCCUUAAGAAAGCAGCUCGAAAAGACAUUACUGCAAAUACCACCACCGAAACCACCGCCUCCGGAGAUGCAUUUUGUGCCGAAUCCUUCCAAUACGGAAUUCAUAUAUUUGGUCGGUUUGGAACACGUGGUUGAUUUCAUAACGAAGGAACCAGCCAUACCGCCACCUCCUGAACCGUUCGAGUGCUCACAGUGCAAAACAGAUUUCACUCCUGUAUGGAAGUGGGAGAAACCCAUGCCUGGUGGUAAAAAGGACAGUCCCAGGGGGCAGCAUGCAACCUUCCAGCGGCCAUCAGCAGGUCGUGAUCCACGUGUUAUAUGUGAGCACUGCGUGACGACUAAUGUGAAAAAGGCUUUGAAAGCAGAGCACACUAAUCGAUUAAAAACUGCUUUCGUGAAAGCACUACAACAGGAGCAAGAGAUAGAGCAAAGGUUAGCGCAGACGGCAUGUCCAAGUCCUGAUCCUCCAGCUCCGAAACCAGUUCCUAAAGCAGCCACUCCUACAAGAAGAGUAGCCACGCCGCCUGCGCCGCCACCGCAGGUACCGCCGGCACCCACGUGUACGCCGACACCGCCAGCGCCAAAGUUGCAAGAGCAUCCCUUGAUGAAACUGGCUGAAAGCGGGAAAUUUAGCCCGCACGCAGCUGCUGCAGCAGCCUUGCAACAACAAUUGCUCAGAGAAUUGGCAAAGAAUCCAGUGCCCGGUUUACCGCCGCAUCAACCUCUUCCCGCUCACAUGAUGCCGCACUUUACCUCGAUACUGUACCCCUAUCAAUUAGCAAUGGCGCAGGCUGCUGGCAGUAAAGGCCUUGUAGAGUUACAACGACAGGCGGCGGACAUUCAGCGUCAGUAUCUGCUCGACAUGAUCCCGUCGCAAGCGUCUCAAGCGCAAAACAAUCAAGCACCACCGAGGGCUCAUCCGCACAAUUGGAAAACGUAACCGGACGCGUUUAAAGGACGACGCAACAGUAAAUGCGAAUAACUUGGUGACGUGUGUAACGGAAGACAGAGGACUAACGGGGGAAAGAAGGAACCUAGUAAAGUGUGCAGUUGGUUAUGGAUUCUGUGCGGCCGAACGUUACGGUAUGCCAAUCGCAGCAUUAAGGUAAAGCUCAACUUUGAUAAGUUGGAAAUAUGAACAUUCGUUAGUAUUGUAUAAAGAAUGCUUAAUCGUUGUGAAUAUGUCAAUUGACGUGUAUGUUUAUGACUUUAUUGUUAUCUGAAGGGUCAAGGUUUUAUUUCCGUCACUGAGACACGCUUUAACGUAUCCACGAGUUCGGAUACCAGUUGUCGCGACUAAGUGGUUCAUUGAUUAUUUUUAGCGGAGACCUAGAAAACUUUUCAGGAUCGGAAUUGUUUAUUUUCUUUCUUUUUCAAUAUUUCUAUUAUUUGUCGUUAAUGUUGCCCACUGAACAACUGAUUAACAUAAAUCAUUAAUAUUUAAACGUAUCGACAAGCGUAUUAUUGAAUGCAAUCGCUUGAAAUUUAUUACAGAACUGUCUAACUUGCACAAGCGUUUUCAUUUCGUUCACUCGAUCGUAUCGUAACAUUUUUUUUUCCCCUCGUCAUAUAUUUUUUUCUGCUUUUUUUUUGUUAUUGUAACGUGACAAACGUUGUUCAUAAAGUUUGUUCGUUUGUGAAUCUGCCAUAUAUUUCUCUUGUUUUGUGUCUCUCUUAAUAUAAUUAACGUAUUUAUUAUGAUUAACAUAUUUGCAAAAUGUGAUUUCUCGCACGUUCGCGUGAUGUCGCGUGUUAGACAGCUCUGUCAUGCAAUAUGAUAUAAAGAACCAAAUAGACAUUUUCAAGGCACUAAGUAAACCAAUAAUAAGUGUAAAGUGACUACGAAUGAGAUGGCUAACAAUAAGUAGGGGUAAUUGCGGGAGAGGAGGCACGAAUGUAGCACGAGUGUAACGAAGUUGAUGGAAAGGAUCUUUCUAGGCCCUUAGACGUUAAGUCGUUUUUGCCGUUGGUUUUAACGAGUUUUGCGACCAUCGGCAGUACCUGUACUAUGUGUAUAUCUCUUUAUUUUCUCCGAACUGUAUUUUUAAGACGAGUUUAACGCAAAAUAGUGCUGUAGCUACGUAAGAGGAAAAAAAAAAAAGAUGAUCUUUGUAAGAAAGCGCGUGUGAGUGAUAACAAGCCUGCACAUGUGAAGUGUAUAGCAAUCUUUUUUCUCUCUCUCGAGACAUGGAGGAGUAUGCAUAGGCGAGUUUCUGAUGGGGAGUGACACGAGUGUCAUUCGCGCACAAAUAUUCGAUUUCCUUGCACGGUGUCAAGUCGCACGUUAAGUCAUGUGCCACACAGGAUGCGCGCUCGGGCGGGGCGAUACACACGACUUAACCGGGACGAUGAAGUUUGGGAAUUCACGCGAAUAGUAAUCGAGAAUCGGGGUUUUCUGGGGGGGUUGACGCAGCGCGAUUGAUUUCAUGUCACAUUUUCGAUGUAAAAGUAUUUAAAGAAACUUACUAGAGGAGAUACGUAAUCGAGACUCUUUGCGAAUUGUUACAAACACGGCGACCGCCGGAUUUUUACGACGUCCUCUAUAAGUCUGCACUUGAACGAGUUAAAAAUAUCCGGCACUUGUCCCCAGCAAAUACUAUUAAUUACCAGUUUCCCCUCCCCCCUCGUCCACUAAAUAGUCUGAUUUCAUUGAUUCUGGGCUAAACCGAUCUUGGUCAUACAUUUCCGAAUCAAUUAAAUAUAUAGUACUAUAGUCUUGAUAUUUCUUGGUAUAUGAUACAACUUAAUAAACUAAAAUAGCGCAUAAUCAUCUCUCUUUGUACUACGUGAUAGAUUUUGAACUCGUACUUGAUAUACAUGUACACCAUAAUAAGUCUACGAUCGCAUAAUAGAUCAAGAUCUGUGUUUUUUGUGUAAGAGAAUAAUAUGUCAACUGAUUACCAUCAUCGGGGCACUACCGUCGUCGUCGUUAUCUUAAGCUGAACUCCGAGAGCAAAGUAGAAUGACAACGUGAAAGAGGAGAGAAUAUAACCCUUAGAAGCUUGAACGUACUUCCCUGAGAGAAUCGAGCAAUAUUUUGUAUAAUUUUGACAAUUGAAGAAUAUAUUUCCAAGCUGUCUUAAAUAUAAGAAAACGAUAAAAACAGUUGAAAAAAACUUUCUAAAAGUUAAUAUUAAUUAAAAACAAAAUUGAUGAUUUAACUUUUGAGGGGUAUUGUACUAUAUUGCAAAUUGUAAGCAUUUUAGAUAAAUGCAACAAAAUUAUUUUUUGCAAUUAAUCUGCAUACUACUCUGAAUUCUUUUUAAGUUAUUUAAAAAAAAAAAACAAGGUGGAAAUUAAUUUUAUAAGUGUAUAUAAGGAAAUAUUAUUAUUGUAUAAUGUUCAAUUUUUUAUUGAUUUAAUUAUUUUUACUUUUAAAAUAGUUUCUGUAUCAUUUCUUCAGAUCUCUAAAAUUUUGACAUUUUUGAGAUUCUAUUGAUCAAUGUUGGGCAAAAAGUGUAAUUCCUAUUGAAUAACAAAUAUUCAAUUACAAGUGCAGACAAGUGAAAUUGUUAUUACACUUACAUUUUUGCUCAACAUUGCUAUUAGUCGUAUUUUCUAUUUUAUUAGACUGAGUAGUACAUUCUAGAGUUGAGAACACUUUAAUAUAUAAGUGUAAAAACAUUUGGUUUAUGUUGAUUAGCGAUAUUCAAUACUCAAAAAUAUACCCGCUGUGUUGGAAUCAAUGGAAAUAAAUAUUUCCGGGAAACAUUUAAUUUAAGUUUGAAAAUUGAAGAUUCACCUCUUGUUAAAUCUUUCUCUUAAGACGGUUUGAAAAUAAGUUCUUUCGCAAUCGCUUGCUACGUUAAACAAACGGGAGGAAUGAGUAUCGGAAUUUGAAUUUUAGUUUGUUCUGCGAUGUAUAAACGAAGGAUAUACUUUCUUUAUAAAAUUCUCUCUAACGACGCGAAAAUUAUGCCUGAUGUGUGUCUCUUGGAAUUUAUUAAAAUCGAUAGAGCAAAUCAUCAUCGUCAUCGUCCGUAAAUCAAUCAACCGCGUCUCGUUUCUCAUUCGAAAGAAGAAUCGACAUGUUUCUUUUUAUUCUUCUUUUCUAGUCUCGUCUUUAACCUCUGUGUGGUGCUGUUAGCAAUUAUGCACUUCCAAGUGCGAGAGAAUUUUAUAUCCUAAAAGGAACUUUUCGCUACACGACGGACACGAGGAAUAUUUAGCAGAACUAGAAUUCUAAGGCGUUUGCAGAAUGAAAGAAAGAAAAAAAAAAAA